AUGGCCGGGCUGCUGGCGUUGCUGAGCCCCGCGGGUCGGGUGGGCGCCCGGGUUCGGUGCCGCGCCACCUGGCUCCUGGGCGCCGCCGCCCCCUGUGUCCCGCCGCCGGUGUUCCUGCCGCUGCUCGGGCCCGGGCCGGACGCCCCGCUGCUGCGCGCCGCCCGCGGGAACUACCAGGGCCGCCAGGACCCCAGCAAAAUCACUGUGACCACAGGCAGCGAUAUCAGGGGCACAGAGGAGAAAAAGCUAAGCAAGUCGCAGCAGCUGAAAAAGAUUUUUCAAGAAUAUGGUGCCGUGGCAGUGUCACUGCACAUUGGAAUCUCAUUAAUCUCCUUGGGAAUGUUUUACAUGGUUAUUUCAAGUGGUGUGGACAUGUCAGCUGUCCUGCUUAAACUCGGCUUUAAAGAGUCACUGGUCCAGUCGAAAAUGGCGGCCGGCACAAGCACCUUUGUGGUGGCCUACGCCAUCCACAAGCUGUUCGCACCUGUAAGGAUCAGUAUUACCUUAGUUUCUGUGCCCUUGAUUGUCAGAUACUUUCGCAAAGUGGGAGUUUUUAAACCUCCAGCAGCAAAGCCUUGAUGAACUCUUCAACUGUGGGCCUGAAAACCUAUUUCUUUUAAAUGACACAUGCUAGAUUGGUUUUAGGAUGUAGGUUCUGUGGUGGGUGGGUAGCAGGGGCUAAUUGUUGCAUUCUCAUGAAUAGGAUUUACUUUUGCCAGCAAAAAUUCAGGGUUUCACAUCAUUGUAGUUUUUCUGCUUUAAAGUUUGGGUAAUGCUAUUCAUCACAGGGCUUGUCUGCCUCCUCUAAAAAUGUCAGCAGAACACCGCCAAUGAGUUGUCAUCUCAGACAAAACUGUCAGCCAGGAAAUGUUCCUUUAGAAGACCAUUGGUGAGGGUCUGCCUGCAAGAGCCUCAGGGGUUCAUCUUUGCUCAAAUUCUUAAAGGGUAGUGAUUCAUUAAGCUGAUUUUUAAAUUCCCCUUCCUCCCAUACUUGUCAGGCUACCUGCAGUUUAAUAUGCAAUAUUGUGCAAAACAGAGUCCAGUGCUACAAUUAAUGAAGCAGAAUUGAGGACUUCCCAAUGUGUAAUCAGGAUCUAUAUUAGCAUUAAUACUCUGACAUUCAUUACACUUGUUUGGGCAAAAAGAACAAACAAGUAUUUCUGGUAUGUCUCAUUGAUUCCCAAACAUCUUCAAAUCUGGACAUGCAGAGCCUGCCUCAGCUGGUUUUUCACAAAUUUCAUUAAAGUAGGUCAGAAUCAUUUGUCUCUUUAAAAAAUGGAAACUUUGUCCAAUAGUAAUGGCAUCAGUUGGCUCCACUGCCUGUAUAUGGAAAGCUGAGACAAUCUUGGCCUAACUCACUCUGUCUCAGACUUCAGACAUUCCAGAAUCACUGUCACAAUGUUUACACUGAGUUGCUACUUCUAUUUUUUAAUUGAGUUAAAAUUAUGUGUGUAAAAAAAGAUUUUCUAUCACUCUCUAAAAAAGGAAAGUUACUAGCAGUUGCUGUAAAUAAGAGGCAACUACAAAAUAUAUAAUACAGUAAUAAUACAAGCCGGGGAGGGAUGGAGCCAGUUUACCAGAUAAAGAGGGUAUGACCUGAGACCCCACAUUCCCUGUUAGGGACGUUUAAGAAUAGAAAUCGAAGCACACACACUCAAAUUGAGACUUCUCUGCGGAAUAGUCAGAAGCAGGCAACAGAGAAGGAAUGUCUUCUGGUAGGCUUCAGCGUCAUUGACAGCCGCCCCGCCCCGGGCCAGGUUCCUGCAGGGCACUCGCUCCACAGCCGGGAACCCCACUGUAACCCGUCUGCUUUUCUGCCAUGGAUGAGGGGUUGUGUUUCUCUUUCUGGCUCCCAGGUUUACUUUUUAUUUUAGUUUUUUGGUUUGAUUAACUCCACUUGUGACAAUCAGAAAACUAAAGCAACUGUAAACUGAUCGUCCUGGUUUUACUGAGCUCUGACUAUUGACAUUUUCCUAGUUAGACCUUAGUAAUCCAUGUCAAUCAGUUAUUUCAGUUAGCUUUUAAAAGUAUCUUCGUGGGACAGAUUCUCCACUUGCAAGAUCUUUAAAGUGCAUCGGCUAUUUUCUCCCCUUUUAAAGCAGUUAGCCCGUUGCCCAAAAGUUUUAGCCAUUUAAAGUUGGAACUGUCUUUCUGGGGUCUAAUUCCGAGGACCAUGGACACAGCAGAACAAGAUGAAGACACCAGGGCUAGGUAAUUCCUUGUGAGGGCAGGACCAGCACUUCUGUGUUGCUGUCCCUAUGGGAACAGUUAGCUUUGGGCUCCUAACCACCUUCCACACCGGCCUCCCAACCCAUUCAGAUCCUGAGUAAUGCCUAUGCAAAAAAGCCCACAGGGAUUCCUCCAAGUUUAAGGGCUUAAACCUCAAACUUUGAUUCUGUGUUUGGAGAAAUGAGAGUGGACUGAAAGGGCAAGCAAUAAAUUAGCAUACCAAAUAGCCAUAGCGUUCGCUUCUAAGCCCCAACGCCACUCCACUCCUGUGGCCAGCGGUCAAAACAGAACAGAGUGACUAGAGAGAAAGUCAAAGGAUCAGGGAACUAGAGCAUUAUGUGAACUCACCAGCAAGACGUACAGAUCGCUUGUAUUUAUCUUGUUUUUAUGGAACUAGGGGAAUAGAACUGAUGAUCUAUUUUAGAAAUGUAAGCCAUUGUUCACAUCUAAUUUUUUAAUCUGACAAAAUGAGCAGCUUAAGUUCCAUGAAACAAAUAAACAUCUUUGUAAAGCUUGU